UGAGCUACAAUUGGAUGUAGCAUAUUUGCUGAAAAUAAAAAAUAAAAAACGAUUAGAAACACGAUAAACGAACGAAAAAAAAUUAAAAUUAAAAAGAGCAAGUAAUGUAAAGUAAAGUAAAAUAAAAUGUUGAAAUACAAAAAGGAUUUACAGAUUUAAAUCUCAUGAAAUUUACAUCAGCCCCACCCAAUUGAAACAUCUGUAUACGUCAAAGUUUUUUUUUUUUUUCUAUUGAGUCAUAAUCACUGCUCAAUCCACAGUGAUAUAAACAAAUUAACCAACUUUUUUUUUUUUUUUUCAUACUUAACAAUUGAACAGUUAAGAAUCUAGUGUUUAAAAUGAAUUAAAAAAAUUAUUUAUAUAUGUACAAUGUAGCUCCGUCGGCAUAACCAAACUUCAGCUAUUUGCCUUUCAAAACGCUGACUUGAUAAUGGCCCGUGUGCGAUAAACUUUUGGUUACAAUCUGCCAGCAUAUUUCAACGUGGGAAACACUCCAGAUUGCUUUACAGGAUCUGCAUACAGUAUCCCGUAUGUUUCCAAUCAAAAUUUGAAAAUUGUUUUAUGCAAAAAGAAAAUAAAUAAAUAAAAAAGAUCAAAUUAAAUUUGAAUGAUAAAUUAAAACAGUUAAUUGAUAAUAAAUUAAAAGUUAAAAAAUUAAGCUAAAAAUUAUGUGGAUAAUUAUAACAAGUGAAAAAUUAAUAUUAUUAUAUGUCGAGGAUAUUUGAUAAAUAUUUUUUUUUUUCAAAUAAAACAUGAUGUUAUUGUGGAUGUUAAUAGCCCUAGUGGCAUUACCAGUGAUGAUAAUAGCACGUGGUGAAUUAAAUUCACGUAUUGUGAGAACAAAAUAUGGUGAAAUAUCGGGUAUUAUAGUGCCACUUGAACGUAAUCUCGAGGGUGCUGAAGUAUUUCGUGGUGUACCAUAUGCAUCACCACCAGUUGGUACACUUAGAUUUAUGCCACCUGUCAACGGUGCAUUGUGGCAUGGUGUCAAAGUGGCUGAUAAAUUUGGUCCAGUUUGUCCUCAAAAAUUACCUGAACUAACAAAUGAUAUGUCUAGAGGACGAACAGAAUAUCUCAAAAAAUUAUUACCCUAUUUACGUAAUCAAAGUGAGGAUUGUCUGUAUCUAAAUAUCUACGCGCCAGUACAAGCUGGAGCAAGAGACGGCGCCAACAAAAGAUAUCCAGUUAUCGUUUUUGUUCAUGGUGAAAGCUAUGAAUGGGGAAGUGGUAAUCCGUAUGAUGGAAGUGUACUUGCAAGUUAUGGUGGUGUUGUUGUCGUCACAAUCAACUACAGACUUGGAAUUUUAGGUUUUCUAAAUGCCAACACGGAUUCGCACUUACGUUCACCAGCAAAUUAUGGUCUCAUGGAUCAAAUUGCAGCAUUGCAUUGGGUUCAAGAGAAUGUUGGAUAUUUUGGUGGUGAUCCGGGAAGUGUAACACUUAUUGGACAUGGCACUGGUGCUGCAUGUGUCAAUUUUCUAAUGACUAGUCAUGCUGUACCAGAUGGUCUUUUAUUUCAUCGGGGAAUUCUCAUGUCAGGUAGUGCACUAUCACCCUGGGCUUUAGUUAGAGGAGCUUCAAAUUAUGCAAUGCAAGUUGCAAGACAUCUCAACUGUUCACCGGUUGCCCAUGAUCCACAAUCAUUGUUGCGAUGUUUGCGUGAUGUACCAGUUGAAAGUCUCAUGUCCGUCCCAAUAAGAGGACUUUCAUUUGCUCCAGCAUUUGGUCCAAGUAUAGAUGGUGUUGUUAUUGAUCCUGGUGACCCAGAUGAUCACGACUUUACACUACAAGUUGAUACAAUCAAUACACUAAAUAAUAUACUUCUCAGGAAAGAUGUCAUUGCUAAAUUAUCAAGAUAUGAUUUGAUUGUUGGUGUAGUUAGAUCAGAAGCAUUUUUUUCACUAACAGCUGAUGAUGCACAGUAUGGAAUGGAAGCUGACAGGCGUACUAAAAUACUUCGUGAAUUUGUUAGAAAUACAUAUACUUACCAUCAGCCUGAAAUUUUAGCAACAAUUAUAAAUGAAUAUACUGACUGGGAAAGACCUGUACAGCAUCCUGUCAACAUCAGGGAUGAAACAUUGGAGGCACUUGGUGAUGCAAAUACAGUUGCACCAGCAACAAGAACAGCUGAUCUUCACAGUCAAUCACGUAGAAAUUCAUAUCUUUAUGUAUUUGAUUAUCAAACUAAAUACGGUGACUAUCCACAGAGACAAGGAUGUAUUCAUGGUGAAGAACUACCAUAUCUUUUUGGUGCUCCACUGAUUGGUGGUCUGUCUCAUUGGCCAAAAAACUACACUCGCGCUGAAAUAACAUUGUCAGAGAGUAUUAUACUGUACUUUACAAACUUUGCUCGUACUGGAAAUCCAAAUGAGGGCUCAACAGAAGUAUCAGGAUCACGUUCAGAAAGAACUAAAUUAAAAAACAUUGUCUGGACACCUUAUGAAGCUGUUCAUAAAAAUUAUCUUAGUCUUGAUACAAAAAGCAAAUUAAAAAAUCAUUACAGAGCACAUAGACUGUCAUUUUGGUUAAAUCUCGUUCCUGAUCUUCAUAAGCCUGGUCUAGAUGAUGUACCAAGAUCUCAUCAUCUACUUGAUGCUGAGCAGGUACCACCAAAAUUUAUUCAAAGAAUACCAAGUUCAACAAAAGCAACGACAAUUGAAUCAAUUAGUGAUAAAACACACAAUACAACAACAUCAUCACCAAGUGAAUUAUCAUUUGAAGAAACAACAACACAACCAGAAGAUGGUUUUGCAGCAUAUUCAACAGCAUUAAGUGUUACAAUUGCAAUUGGUUGUAGUUUAUUAAUUUUAAAUGUUUUAAUAUUUGCUGGUGUUUAUUAUCAACGUGAUAAAAGUCAACAUCAAUGUCCAAAAAAACGUCAAGAAAAUGGUUCAAUGCCAAAUAAUAUUUGUGGUGAUAUUGAUACUAAAACACCAACAGAACGUCAUCAUAUACAACACAUGGCACCACCUGAUUUUGCUGAUUUACAAAAUACAACAUGUCUUGUACCAAUGCCACCACCACCACCUAAAAAUACAAAAUUAACAAAAACAACAACUGGAAGUGGACAAAAUUUAAUAAUAAGUCCAAAUCAAUUACAACCAGGUGAAAGUUUACAAAUGUCUAGUGUUGGUACAUUAAAAAAAAGUCAUAAUCAUCAACAAAUGAUGGAAGAAUUACGUGUCUGACUCUAGGACAACGGCCUUUAGGGCUGUUCUCGGAUUAGUGAUUUGUUAAUAUGUUAAAAAUUUAAAAUUUAAAAUUUAAAAAACAAGUGAUUAUCCAGCGAGUAGACUGACUUUUUUAAUAUUUCAUUUUAUAUUUAUUAUUUAUAACUCGUUUGAUGAGAUAAUCUUGAAGUUAACGUGGAAUUAAAUGAAAUUUAUACUAUUAUAAAUAUUAAAUUUACCACUGUUUAUAAAACAUGUACCUAUAGUGAUUUGAAAAAAAAAUUAAUUAAUUAAUUAAUUAACUAAUAAAGACACAAAAAAAUAAUUCAGUGACAGUUUUUCUUUUUUUUUUUUUUUUGUUUGUAUAAAAUUGAAAGUGAAGAAUGUCAUUUAUCAUAUUAACAAAGAAAAUAAAAAAAAAAAAGUUUAAAUAAAAUGAAACAAAUAAUAGUAAUAAUAAUAGUAAUAAUAGUUUCUAUUUGAUAUGGAAAUUUUAUCGUCUGAUGGGUGUGUUGUGGAAGAGUGUGAGGAUGUACAUGAAAAAUAUGGGAGUGACAUACUAGUGAUUUCAGUGUGUAUUGAAUGUAUAGUUGAAUGCUAAACUAUGUGAAAUUUGAAAAAGUUUUUCAACAAACGACGACAAGUACGAUUCUUUGUACAGUUAUACGAUAAAUGUAGACAAUUGUUAAAAGUCGAAAUUCCGAAAGAUUGAAUUGGUUCAGUUAAACGGAAGAUCAUUGUUAAAUUUUCGAGUAGUUCUUUGAAAAUUUAUUGAACUUUUUAAAGAAUUAUUUCGAUGCCUGGUUGAAUUUUUUGUCGAACCAGGGCACUGUAUAACUCGAGUGAAAAUAGUCAAAUGCUACUGUCAAUAACGCAGAAGAUAUUAUAAAAUGAACUAUUGUUUGUUGUUUUUGUUUUUUUAAAUAUUAUAAUGCACAAUUUAUUUGAAAACUUUUUAUGUAUUUUUAUUUUAUUUUCAAAUGUACAGUGUUUAUUUAUUUUAUUGCAUUAAAUUUUUAAAAUCAAAUUAUUUAUUUUAAUUUAAUUUUAAAUAAUUAAAAAUUUUACGGGGCCAACACUGUUGUUGUUGCUUCAAUGAUUUAAUAAAUAAAUAAAGACUUGAAUACAAAUUUUUUUAAAUAAAAAAUAUAAAAAAAAAAAAAAACAACAUUCUGUACAGUUAAAUGAAAAAUAAUAAUUUAUUAUAAAGUGCUUCGCUCUCCUCGAUUUAUAUUUGCAUUUAUUUAUCAGCACUAAAUGCUCAAUUGAUAAAAAAAUUCGAAAUAAAUAUAAACAAAAGAUAGGAGAUAUUAUUACUCGAUAAAAAAAAAACAGUUAUAUAUUUCAACAUUGAAAAAAAAAUAAAUACUGCCAAAGUAUUCAAUAACAACUCGUAGAUAUAAAAGAUGAAUUAAAAAUGUUCAAUAAUGAAAAAAAAAAAAUUUAAUAAACUGACAGAGUUGAAUAAAAAAUUUAUAAUGCGAAUAUAAUUUAAAUUUUUUUUGUUGAUAUAUAAUAAAUUUAAUAAAAUUACUAUCAUUUUUUUUUUCAUAAAUUGACAAUUUCAAUUGACGAUAUUUCCCAAUGUUUAAUUUAUUAUAAAUAGAUAUAUUCUAUAUUGUAAAUAAAAAGAAUAAAUAAAUAUAAUAAAUAAAUAAAUAUAUUAUUAAGUGAAUUUGACUGAGAAUAUCUUUUUGAUGGAGAGAAAAUCAAUGAAAUAUGAACAAGAUGAAUAAAAAAUAAUUUAAAAACAAAAAAACGACAAGAAUAAUUGAAAAUAAAAAAUUGUAAAAUAGAUUUAAGAUUGACAAGUGGUGUGUUUAGACAAAAAUUUAAUGAUGUACAUGUGAAAUUUGAGUUUGUAUAUAAUUGAUAUUAUAAUAAAGUAAAAAUGAGCCA